CCAUGUGGUCAUUUGUUAUCAAAUGGGCUUCCACGAUAUUCCAGUAUUCCAGGAAUUGAUAAUUCUUGGCAAAUCAACCAGCUCUUCCUGCUGGCGAGUUGGAAACGCUGUCCCCUGUUAAGAGUACUUUUAUGUAAAACAUUUCCUGUGUGAGAGGCCCACAGGAGGAACAGGAAGUGAGAGAAACUGCUCGGGGCAUUGUCCAAGAUUUAACAGUUGGUACAAAGCGGGGAGCUGACGAGCUUUUCCCUACUUGUGUUACUAACGGACCCUUUAUCAUGAACGACAACAAUUCUUCUGCAGCUAAUGGAAACGACAUCAAAAAAUUCAAAGGUGAUAGAAGUGCUGGAGUCCCAUCCCGAGUAAUCCAUGUCCGUAAGCUCCCCAGUGAUGUCACGGAGGCAGAGGUCAUCUCCUUGGGCUUACCUUUUGGCAAGGUCACCAAUCUUCUCAUGUUGAAAGGCAAAAAUCAGGCUUUCAUAGAAAUGAACACGGAGGAGGCAGCCAACACCAUGGUGAACUACUACACCACUGUCACUCCAGUCCUCCGGAGCCAGCCCGUCUACAUUCAGUUCUCUAACCACAAGGAGCUGAAGACAGACAACUCUUCAAACCAAGCUCGUGCUCAGGCAGCUCUGCAAGCCGUGAACUUGGCGCCGCCGGGGAGCCUGGCCCUGCCGGCCGCUGCCGCAGCCGUGGAUGCAGGAAUGGCCAUGGCUGGCCAGAGCCCUGUCCUGAGGAUCAUUGUGGAGAAUCUCUUCUAUCCUGUCGCUCUGGAUGUUCUGCAUCAGAUUUUCUCCAAGUUUGGUACGGUCUUGAAAAUCAUCACCUUCACAAAGAACCACCAGUUCCAGGCCCUGCUGCAAUAUGCUGACCCAGUGAGCGCUCAGCAUGCCAAACUGUCUUUAGAUGGACAGAACAUCUACAAUGCCUGUUGCACGCUGCGCAUAGAUUUCUCAAAGCUCACAAGUCUCAAUGUGAAAUACAAUAAUGAUAAGAGCAGAGAUUACACACGACCGGACCUACCUUCUGGGGACAGCCAGCCCCCUCUUGAUCAGACCAUGGCAGCUGCUUUUGGUGCCCCAGGAAUAAUCUCUCCUUCUCCAUAUGCAGGAACUGGCUUUCCUCCUGCCUUUGCAAUUCCUCAGGCUGCAGGUACUGUAUUUCGCCUGACAGUUCCAAGUGUUCAUGGAGCACUAGCUCCUUUGGCUAUCCCAGCAGCUGCAGCGGCUGCAGCAGGACGGAUUGCCAUUCCCGGCCUCACUGGGGCAGGGAACUGUGUGCUGCUGGUUAGCAGUCUGAAUCCUGAGAGAGUUACACCCCAAUGCCUCUUUAUUCUUUUCGGAGUCUAUGGUGAUGUGCAGAGGGUGAAGAUUUUAUUUAAGAAGAAAGAGAAUGCCCUCGUUCAGAUGACUGAUGGAAACCAGGCCCAGCUUGCCAUGAGCCAUUUAAAUGGGCAGAAGCUCCACGGGAAGCCCAUCCGUAUCACCCUGUCCAAGCACCAGACAGUCCAGCUCCCCCGUGAGGGGCAGGAAACCCACGGCCUGACAAAGGACUAUGGGAAUUCUCCUCUACAUCGUUUCAAGAAACCAGGCUCCAAAAAUUUCCAGAACAUCUUUCCUCCUUCUGCCACUCUUCAUCUGUCCAACAUUCCACCUUCAGUAACUGAAGAAGACCUUAAGAUGUUGUUUUCAAGCAACAGUGGGGUGGUCAAAGGAUUCAAAUUCUUCCAGAAGGACCGUAAGAUGGCUCUGAUCCAGAUGGGCUCUGUGGAAGAGGCCAUCCAGUCCCUCAUUGACCUCCAUAACCAUGACCUGGGUGAGAACCAUCACCUGCGUGUGUCCUUCUCGAAGUCCACCAUCUAAAGCUUUGGAAGGCGUGAGACAAAAUGGACUUGACUUAAAACCUCUUGGGUUCAGCCUUAGGCCUUCUUCAAAGGCUGAACACGAGGGUUUCAACUUCCAUCAUUCCAUGAAAAAAAAAAAAAAAGCCACUUUAAAAAUGCAGCUGAAGUGACCUUAAAAGACCAGAGAUUUUUAUUUUUUUAGAGAGAAAUCGGUUUACCGGUUUUAAAAACAAAACCCAGUGAAAUCUUAAUUCCUCUUGCGGUGAUGGGUAACAAUCCUGACUGUUCCAAUAAAAAUCACAAGUUCAAGUUUACACUUUGGAACCUGCUCUGGGAAGUUUCCCCCUCUCCCUUGCUGUUCCUUCUCCCCUCCUUCCUCCAAAAAGCAGAUCCUACCAUGUUGAUCAGGUUUCACAUUGAUGCCUUGUCUAUUUUCUUUACCCAUCCAUGCCUUGAAAGACCUAAAACCACUGUGUGAAUUCACUUGAGCGCCUUUCGAGUCAGGAGUUUGCAAACCCGUGGUGUCCAGGAGCUCCCAACUCACCCAGCACUGUGAGAAGUUGGCUGUUGAUCCUACCUUAACUGUGCAUCUGCUGUCCUGUGCCUUAAAAACCUGUUCCUUCUUUGGGGAAAACAUCUGAACUGCAGGGAGUGGAUUUGGGAGAGUUGAGGGCAAUGAGUGAGCUCUGGCUUAACGGGAUCAGCUUGUGGUGGUGGAGAGGUGAAGGUGGCAAAGUGGAUAAAGAAAAUAUUGGGCUUUGACUCUUCAGGCAGUUGUGAAAUGUCUCCGUGUGCACAGUAUCGUGUGUCUCGUGCCACUUCCCACUCUGCUCCUGCUUUAUCACCAUCUGCAAGCUGCCGAGUAGGGAGUUCCUUUGCCCAUCCAUCACAUUGGGACCGAGCAGAAGGGGCCAGGGUGGGGAAAUGUUCCCAAACCCAACUGACAUUCCAUUGCUGAUAGCGCCGGAGGCUCCGCCUGUGCGGGAGCCUCCCAUCAAGAGACAAAAUUAACCACUGCUGGACACUUGUGAAGACGAAUCAUUACGAGUCUCUCAGAAAUCGUGUGUGUAAAUAUCUAUGUCUAAAUACUCGGCUAGGAUUCGGAGAAUUAUGGGAUAUCCCACGUUUAGGAAGGUGCUCCCCUGAGCCACCUUCGUGCCCCUGAGUUGAGAUUAACAAGACCAGUGUAGCUCUGCCAUCGUUCUUAUAGCAUGUCUUCAGCAUUUGAGCUUUUUUUUUUUGGGGGGGUGGCGGGGUGUUAAUUCUUGUAUUAUACUUUUGGAUGCUGUUGCUGUCAUCUGUGCCUAUAGCAAUAUUUCCAGUUGACCAAAUAUUCUAAUCUCUUUAUUAUGCAAAAGAAAUAGUUUUAAGUACCUUUUUUUAUAGAAUGGUAAGAUGGUAUAAACGUACUCUAAAUUUACUCCUUUGUGCUAUUACCCUCUAUACUGUACUUUUCCUUUCUCUCUUUUUGGUUUUUGUUUUGUUUUGUUUUGUUGGUAAUUGAAAUCAGUAGGGCAGGAAUCUUUAGUUGCAGGCUGAGGUCAUGACUGAGGAUGAGGAAUGUACCGAGAUCCGUGAAACACCGGAAGCAAAAAGCAAGACUUGGGAAGCCAAGCGGUGGAGGUGACGGGCACAAAGAGCUUGUGCCUUAAAGGAAAGGACGCAGGUGAAGGUUUUACCUUUUUAACCUCGAAGCCCAGAUCUAAGUUAUAGGAAGGGAAUUUAUUAAAAGUAGAUUGCAGCAGAUUGGUUUCUUCCCCCCCCCCCCCCCCCCCCCCAAGAAAACCCAUGUAUUUGUUUUUCCUGGCUUCUGCCUCUUUCCCGGGCCAUUCUGCCUUCUCUUUCGUGUGAUCCGAUGUUGCCUUACAUUUUCCCUCUAACCUGCAACCUGUUCGGAUGCAAAAUAACACGAAUCUUGUACUUUUUUUCAGGGUUUUUUGUUUUGUUUUGUUUUGUUUUUUUCUGCAAAUUGUGGACCAAAGUUUGUUUUUUAAUUGUCUUAGUGUGUUGCAAGUCAGGAUUUCCUGGCUUAGUGUGGGAGCUCUUGACUUGCCUGGCACUGAGUGUUUGGAAAAGUCUUAACUUGCCGUAGCUCCUCCCUGAGCUCUCAAGGAUGUGAAUUGUACUGGAGAAGCGCGUGAGGUCUGAGUGAGGGUUCAGCUUGGGCUGCUGACAGGAGGGGGGGGGGGGUCUGGCUGCUGCAUGGAAAACCAGCUUCCUUGGAAGCUUUGCCCCACUUGUGCCGGCGCUGCCGGGUUUGGUUACCCCAAAACGUGGGCAAAAGCCUCUUGCUGCAGCUCCGCGCCUCCUUGCCAGCACCUCAACGUUCAGGAGGGCAAACCCAGGCGUCUGGUGGUGGGUGUCCCUCCCCAGGUGACAAACCCAUUCCCCUGCAGCCCUGGGGCCGGGCUUGGAUCUGAAAUGUGUUUGAGAAGCCUCUCCCAGGGCAUUGGGAAGAGGCUGCUUGGAAGGAGACUUGCCCCUGGGGGGGUGCCUUGACCGCUGCUUCGGUCACCCCACGGGCUGGAACCAAGUGCAGGCAAAUGGAGGUGACCCACGACCAGGCGCCCGUGGGUCUUUUCCUUUGGAUCCCUGUGUUUGCAUGUAAAGAAUGUGAGUAACAAAAGGGUGUACAUAUUUAUACUUUUUUUAUACCUGUUGUAAGACAUGAGGGGGCAGCAAAACCCGGUUUUUUUAUGGUGAAACAGAUGUAUUGUAUAUUUUGAUAACAGCGAUUCCAGGUUCAGUAUUGCGGAAGGCGGGGUGGGGAGGGGAAGUGUUACCACACCAUCAGAAUUCCAUUGCCUCUUUCAACGAAUGUUUGUAAUGCAAAAAGAAAUGAAAUUAAAACUAUUUUAUAACAACCUUUGUACCUUUCUGUAGCUCCAUUAUUUACUGUUCAGAUUGUAGAAAGCAGUUGUUGGCCAGUCUGUACUUGUGCUUUCAAUAAAUUUCUUCUGUAUUCUUUGCUUCUGA